AUGUUCGAGCUGCAACCACUGUUGAAUGAAGGGUUGAGAGCAUUCCAUAGUCUCUGCACACUGAGAAUCUUCGGUUACGAAGGCUGUUUGAAAGAGGCGAAAGUCUACGAGGAUGAGCUUUUCGGAUCGUUCUUCAUCCUCAUCCAACAUCUGCUGACCACAUAUCACGGCAACGAGGCACUAAAGUCUUGCUUUCUCGAGAAACUGAUUCUGGACGAAGAGGAUCUUCUGCACAUGCGUUACAUACAUCGGCGAAUUCGGGAGACGGGUAAUCCCAAUUUCGCAGCUGGCAAUGCGAACCUCGUCGCAAGGACGGCUUGGCUCUUGUUCCAGCGCCAGAUUGCUGGGCAGACUCAGCUCCUAGAGUAUCUAGGAGAUCUCCUCUAUGUGAUGGAACUCCAUGCGAUGACAAUGCAGGAAAUUGACGGUGUGGUACAGAUUGUCGACAGACAGACUGUCUGCAUAGACUGGCUCUACCACUUUCGAUCCACCACAAGAUUCAAGAGGUUCAGAGAGAGGACGUUUCAGAUUGCUCAGAGCGGGUUGAAACAGCAACAGGAGUUCGUAAUGCUAGCGAAGGUUGCUGAAAAUGCUCUGAUCAAGGUGUCGGCAAGAGUUGUCCUUAUGGCAAGAUAA